UGACAGUUCAACUUUCAUCGUUCUUAUUGACGGUGUUUCUUUUCAAGUCGGAUUGUGUUUAACAUUUUGUGAUGGAAAAAAUCGGGUACUCUACUUUAUGGUGUUUCAUGUUUGUCUUUGUCAACAUCGGAUUAGAUUCAGCUGGUGCUGGAACGAAAACGAAAGACAUGUAUGCUCAUGUGGGCACAACCGCCCGACUACCAUGUCCAGUGAAUCCGGGAUUGUGUGGAAAACUGCACAGCGUUAAAUGGUACAAGGAUACUUCGAGAAUAUACGUCCUCAGCCACGCUGGUACCAUCAGGAGGCCAGAAGGCGAUGCAAAAGAAAGAAUGAAUGUAGAAUAUCCUACCGAAGCCGGACAGGCCAUCCUAAAAAUAGAAGAUGUGCAUGUAGACGACGAAGCUGUUUACAAGUGUGAGAUAACCUACAUCGAAGUUAAGGAGAGCUGCCACGAAGUCGUGCAAAUCGUGAAUCUAACAACUUUAGUUAAGCCUGAAGUUGUUCGGAUCAUCGGACUCAAUGGUGUUUCAAUGGGAAAUGGUUCCAUUUUGGGACCGAAAGAGGAAGGUGAAGAAGUUGAUCUUGUCUGCGAAGCCGGCAGUGGAAAACCCAUUCCUAAGGUUAAUUGGUAUAAUGGCAGCACGUUGAUUUCUAGAGCUCAAUACUCAACCAACGAUCUGGGAGAUGGACUUGGAACUGGAACAUCGAAAUUACAACUCACCCUUUCCCGAGGGGAUUUAAAUGCGAGAUUUGAAUGUCGAGUCGAAAGCGAAGCCUUAGAUGGACCCAUCAUAUCCUGGGUCACUGCAGAUGUUCACGUUAAGUCAACUUAUAUGCAUCUUUCUGGAGUAAAUAACCAUGUGGUGCAAGGUAGUAAUGUUAUGCUGAUUUGCGAUGUUCAUGGUGCUAGACCAGCAGCGACCAUUCGAUGGACGAACGGAUCCAUUCCAAUAACAGACGAAACUCUCGUUCAUACCGGAAUUGAAGAUAAUUCUCGUUUAACGACAGAAGUAAAAUACAAUGACAGAGAUGGAACGUUUAACACAAAAAGUCAGCUCGUUUUUCAAGCCAGCCAUUAUGAAAAUGGCAUCAAGAUACAUUGUUAUGCGGAAAAUGAAGUAACAAAGCAUAAAGGUGAACCGGAAGGGCAUAAAGUUUUAAUUUUGGAAGUGAGAUAUCCUCCAGUUAUAUUGGUGAAACCAAAAUAUAUUACAGUAAAUGAGAGCACCGCAGUUUCACCAAACAAUGGAACCCUACUAAUAUGCAGUUACAAAGCCAACCCUCAAGAGCUAAAGGGUGCUUUUUGGUCCAAGGAUGGAAAAAAUUUAACGCUAACCGAUAAAAAUAAAUACAGUGGUGGAACAAUCGAAAAUCCGCCACUGAUAAUAUACAAUGCGAAAAGAGACGAUAUGGGCGAAUAUAAUUGCUGGCUCAAGAACGAGGUUGGAAUGGAACAAUCAGAAGACAGCAUUCUCUUAAAUGUACAAUAUCCCCCAGACGUGGAAGUUCUCAUGGAUCCAUCCACGCCAGUAAAAGCACGAGAUAAAACCAACGUUAUGUUGGAAUGUAACGUCACUUCUGGGAACCCAUCGAAUUUGUCUAAGGUCAGAUGGUUUCUCGACGGAGAAUUAAUGAAAGAAUUUCCAGAAUGCAAUUAUACGUCCAAAGACGACUCGGGCGGUCCCUUUUGUGGACUGGAUCCGACCAUUUUAAGUUUGGAAAGAGUGGAUGAGACUUUUGCGGGCAACUACACGUGCCAGGGCGAAAAUGUCGCUGGAUGGGGACCUAUUUCCGAACCAAUAGAGCUCAUCGUUUACUAUCCGCCAAGUCCAGCAAACAUACGAUCGUAUCCGACCAAAGUUGUAAAAGGGGCAGAAGUAAAUCUGGAAUGUAAAGUGGAAUCGGCAGGAAGACCGGACAAUGUUACCUACAUUUGGUACAGAGGAUCGCAUCAAAUGACCGAAAUCACCACAUCGAAACACAAAAUCGUGCCUGUUGGUCUUGAAACCAACAGUAACUUUACUUGCAUUGCAGUGAACGAAGGUGGCCAGAGUGAUCCAGCCACCCUUUUCAUUAAUGUGAAUGCUCCUCCAGCACUUUUUGACCGAUUGAAGCCCUAUCAAGGAAUUCUGUAUUCGGCUCAACAGAUCAACCUUACUUGCAGAGUUGAGUGUUCGCCUCUAUGCAGCAUAAUUUGGAAGAGAAAUGGCAGGAUAAUUGACUUUAACAAUAAGCCAUUGUAUUACAACCAGACAAUCAAGCAUGAUCCAGAUUUGCAGAAGAACAUAUUCGAAUCAAUUGAGUCCACUUUGAUAUGGAAUAUGACAGCUUGGCCUGGCAACAAGCUCAACCGCACAGCUCCUAACUCCAAUUACACCUGUCAGAGCGAAUCGAACCAGAUUGGGCCUGGGGUCAGCUCUACGAUCGAAAUUGCGGUAGAUUAUCCUCCUGAAGAUGUCUACGUAUCAACGAAAAUAGUGAAAGUCAUAGAAGGACAAGCUCCAAACCCUGUAAAAUGCCAUGGAAAAGGCCAUCCCAAUCUCACAUACAAAUGGAAGAAAAACUCAACUGCUGAGCCAAGAGAGUACGGCGAGGAACUCAGACUGGGUCCGAUGAUCCGAUCCGAUUCUGGAACAUACAUUUGUGAGGCUUCGAAUAAACAUGGCACUGAAAAUGCCGUUGUAUAUUUCAACGUAAUGUAUGCUCCGGAAUGUUCCAUAACAAGAACCGAAAGAGAUGGAAGUCCAGCUUUGCUCUGUACUGUUCAAGCCAACCCUCAAGAAGUGUCUUUCUUCUGGAAAGCGCGAGAAGGAAACGAAACCUACAGCAUUGUGAACAACAACAAUAUCGUUCAAGAUGGAUUGAAAAGCUUUUUAAUUCUGGAUUCGACCGUCGACACUAAACGCACUUACCAAUGCUUUGCGAACAAUUCAGUGGGGUUGAGCGAUAAGCAGCCGUGCGAAAUGGAUGUAGCUGGAAUUCUACCAUGGUGGAAGCGCCUGACCAAGGAGAACCUCUACAUAAUCAUAGCCAGUAUAAUAGCCAUCAUUAUCUGCGUGAUAAUAAUCUGCAUAGUUAUCAUCGUUCUAUGCAGGCGAAAGAGGGCGAAUACGAAAUAUAAUAAUCCCCUGGAGAUGGAGGAACGAGAAAAGCAAGAUGACGAUGCCGCCAUCGACCAAUCGAAGUGGCCUCUUCAGCCCGGAGUUUUGGUUCAUGUCAGUAAAAUGAAUAACGUUAGUCAGCUAAAUGUGAGCACAAGUCCAUUUAGAACGACUUCGAUAAAAACCAGCACUUGCCUGAAAUUCCGAAGAAAUAAAAGUAAGGUUUAUGCUAGACUGAAAUGGUUUAGAGACGCAUUAGGUAGAGGUAGCUGUGAAAGGCCUUUUGGCAUUAAGGAGCGCGACUGUGGAGUUGUCACAUUUAAAAAGAUCAAAACAUCACCGACAGAUUCAAAGAUGGACAUUAUCAACCCACGGAAAAGGAAGAAACCUGGUGACGCGCCCAUCAACCCAUCAUCUACAGUAGGAGAUAAGAUAAGGCCGGGGGUUGCCCCACCGGUUGGAAGUAUGCAGGACCACCCCCUCUCCAACAAUACCGAUCCCAACGACAAAGGUUUCUAUGAGAACCUCCCCUUCCAUGGCAUGCAGAACCCACCAAAUAAGCCGUAUAGACCGGAUCCUUGUGAUCUAGUCUAUGCAGAUGUAGAUUACAAAUCGAACUAUGGACCUAUCAACUAUAAGGCUGCCUCCGUGUAUGCUGCAUUGAAGAGAAACAAGUCCAACAACAGAAUGGAGGAUAUUGAUAAGCAGGACUUGCUGUAAAUCUUUUGGUUUUCAUUUUUAACUGAACCAGGUGGUGAUAACCGUGUUUUCUAUUAACACAUUUUAUAGCGAAUGUACCGCUUCCUACCAAAGAUAUUUGUUAAUAACAAUUAGGUUAGUGUAUAUCUAUUAAUUUGAGCUAUUUGAARGAACUUUUCGUUUAUCAAGAGUGGUAUAAUCAAUGCAAAGAAAUUAUAAGAAAAAAGCUUACAAAACUGCUGUUACUACAUCUAAUAAUGGUUWAUUUGUCAGCAAUACUUGGUCACAGAAUGGUUUCCUGGAAGCAAUAGAUAAAAAAACCAGUAGAUAAAAAAAAUACACCUAGAAUCUUGGUAAAGUAUGUUAGAAAACUCGCGUUUAGAGAUUUUGAUUUGAAAAUAGGGACAUCAGUAUCRUMACUGAUAAGAGUAUAUACAUUUAUUUAUCGCAUUUAAACAAAGCUGAAKAURCCAAAAACAAGAAACRUCUAAAAUCURCAUAAACACUAUUYUCAGAAACGUUUGAUCCGAAUAUUCUACUAUUUUCAURCAGUUUAAUAGUUSAAUCACCWCAUACUUAUAGGAMAGUUCAAAGGUGUGAAAUCCGGAKAUUUGACCGUCCARUAAUCUUAAUAUUUCGUUUUUAGUCGAUUAUUGUUAGUUUAAUACUUCAAGUAGGCAUUUUCCUACAGUUYUUCAYAAAACAAURGGAAUYUAAGYAAAUAAACAGACUAUUUCCAUUGCAAUAUUAAUAAAAUACACAUAUGAAGACGGUUAUCUGAUCGCGUACUUUCGCAAAAAAUAACAAAAUUUGUAUUACUGCUAAAAAAUAUAUUAAUSGCUUAAAAACAUGUUUGUUUCCAGCAGCUUUUGAAACAGUUGCAUUGUAUCAGCCUGGAUGAAGAAUAAUGAAUCACGGUUUUAACACGUAAACAUUUGCGAACAGGCAAAAUACCUUUACUCGUACAUUUUGUUUAUAAACAUUUGUAGAUAAAGUGGGAAGCGUAUAAAAUUCCAUUGUCCUUGAUUAUAUCACCCAUUUGAUAAACCCCUACACCUGCAUGUAAUAUAAGCGUGAAUGUACUGAUAAACUAGCGCCAGUAAAGUGUAACAUAUUUGAUAAAAUUUAACUGGAACUGUAAUAGCACGAUGUUUAAUUUAAAUGUAGAAACGUUUAUUAUAAUAAAUGCAUUUUAAAUUAUUCGUUACAUUUAAAUAGUUUAGAUUUUAUUGUUAACGAAAAAGUUUUUAUGAUGUGUGCAUUUUAUAUGAAAAGUGUAAAUAAAUUGUUAAUAAUCUUCCUAAUACCAAAAAAAAAGAAAACACGUUUGAGACAUAUCGAAAAUAAAUAUUAAUUUGAUCGCCUUUAGAAAUGUUGGAUUUAUUUUGAUCAUUAAUGUUGCUACUGCCAAUUUUUUAGCUUUAGGUUUUAUUUGCCAAAAAUGUAUUUUUAUUAUAAUUUCACGCGAAGUUAAAAUAUAGCUCUUGGAAAGUUUAAAUAGGCACUUGGUAUAAUUUAUUUCUCCUGUUAUUCAAUACGGUUUUUAGUUGAAUAUAUAGAAGCACAAGGAGUAUGUCAGAUACCAUUAACAAGAGUAGAAGUGUUAAGAUUUUAUGUUUAAGAACAAAUUACAAAAACAUACUUUUUAUUUUUUUACAAACURCUWGUUGGGUAUUUCGCCUCAAAAAUGUUUGUCUUUAAAAAAGGCGAAAUUUCCYCACUUCUUUUAUGUGUGUGAUAAAAGAUGUGAAGAAAUUCCGUCUUUUUUUAAGACAAAAAUGUUUGAGGCGAAAUACCCAACAAGCAGUUUGUAAAAAAAAAUCCGCCUCAACAAUAUAGAACUUAUCUAUACUUUUUAUUCAUGUAACCAGUAUAAAAUUUGACUUUAUUUCAUUUUAUUUCGAUUUUGAUAUAAUGUUGAAGGAAAAAAUWAUUACGUGGUAAAUAUCGUAUCUGGCAUACUUUUAAAAGUCGCUUYAUAUAUUUGCRAUCCCCUGUAAUCAUGURACACAAGUUCUAUACAGUGGWUUGCAUUUUAAUUGGUUAUCAUGGUUUAGAAUCCUGUAUAAAUCAUUGAAAGCUUUGUUGAUUUCUUGAUUACAWUCAUAUUAAWCCAUAGAYCGUGAUAACACUAAAACUAAAGCAUCUUAACUUAUUGUUAUUUAUAGUUAGCGAGUGCUCAAAAUCUAAACCUAGUUUUUAUACUUAGAAUUAAACAUUUAAUAAAGGUGCCAAAAAUUGUAAGUACCCUUAUUAGUUCUUCGCAAAGAUACGUCCAUUGAGAUAUUUAAAUGAUUCGAUAUUUGGUGUGGUGCUCUGCGAAACCAAAUUUUAAACUUUAUAAUACCGAUUAUAUUUAUAUUAGAAGCUCUUUGUAUAAAUACCGAAUUGAUUAAUAAUGGUAUUAAAUUGUAUCAUCUUGUAGAUAUGUAACAUACAAAUAGCUCUUAUGCCAUUUAUUUAUAAGAAUACAUUCUACACAAGA